AUGGCUGAUCUUCCGGAAGAUAGGGUAAACUCAUCUUAUGCAUUUAUGGUCACAGGCGUCGAUUAUUGUGGACCAUUCCAUUAUAAAAACGAAAUACGCAACAAGCAACCCAUAAAAUGUUACAUUUGCAUAUUCAUAUGCUUUGCCACGAAAGCUGUGCACCUGGAGCUCGUAGCAGACUUAUCAACGAAGGCAUUCUUAAAUGCACUAAAGCGGUUCAUCCUAACGCGUUGUCGCCCCACUCGUAUAUGGUCGGACAACGCAACCAACUUUGUCGGCGCUAAGAAUGAGAUGGCAGAAUUAAAACGUUUAUUCCUGAGCGAUAAUCAUGUGCAAGCAGUUCAUGAAUUUUGUCUAGCUAAUACCAUAGAAUGGCAUUUCAUUCCACCUCGCUCUCCACACUUUGGUGGGCUUUGGGAAGCGGCCGUUAAAACUGCGAAAUAUCAUUUUCAUCGCUCGGUGGGCUCGUCAUUAUUAAACUUCGAUGAACUGCGCACACUUAUUUGCCACAUAGCGGCAAUUAUUAACUCAAGACCUUUGUUUCCACUUUCAGACAAUCCGGCUGAUUUAGACGUUCUAACUCCAGCUCACUUCAUUGGCACUGCUCCUAUCUCUACUUACGUUGAACCAGAUGUCACGAAGAUUAACUUUAAUCGUUUGGAUCAAUGGCAGCGCGUAUCAUACUACCAGCAGAUAUUUUGGGCACGUUGGCAUGAGGAGUACUUAACUACCUUGCAGCAGCGCUCAAAGUGGCGCACACAGAAUUUCGAACUCUGCGUCAACGACAUAGUUUUAGUAAAGGACGAAAAUCUGCCUCCUCUCAAGUGGCCCCUAGCAAGAGUCACCGAACUAAUAUAUGGAUCAGAUCGUGUGGCACGUGUCGCUGUACUAAAGACUGCAAAUGGAGUCAUCCGAAGAGCCAUCCGAAAGCUAUGCCCAUUGCCAAGACAGGAUGAGGUUGAAAGCCAGAGUCUUCCAACGGGGGGAGGAUGUUUGGUUAUGCAGAAAGCAGCGCAGUCAGCGCAACCAACAUAA